UUUUUUCAAAAGGUAUGGGUAGUUCUACAAUUAAAUGGUUGGAUGAAACAAGUUAUCAAUCAACUUAUAAUAGAAUUAAACAAAAACAUGGAAGGAGAAUAAUUGAGGACUGGACAGAAAGAACAGAUCCAUUAAAGUAUGUAAUUGAAGAUUGUGGAAUAGCUGCAUAUUUAAUAGAAUUAUUCAAGUCUUAUCCAAAUUUGGCACCAAAAAAAGGUUUUGCAGAUUUGGGUUGUGGGAAUGGUCUUUUAGUAAAUUUGUUGGAAAAAGAAGGAAUUCGGGGAGGUUUUGGUUUGGAUGUUAGAAGGCGUAAAAUUUGGUCAAAAUUUGAAAAAGAAGGAACUGAAUUGAAAGAAAUUGUAAUUAAUCCUGAUUGUUUGGAUAGUAUGGAGGUAUUGGAUUCUGUUGACUUUUUAAUUGGAAAUCAUUCUGAUGAAUUGACUCCGUGGAUACCUAUUUUGGCUGCAAGACUUGGCUGCAAUUUCUUCCUUCUUCCCUGUUGUCCAUACAAUUUCUUUUCAAAAUUUUGUAAAUCAACCCCCUCAGCUCAACAAAAGAAGGAUGGCAUAAUUAUUGGUGGAUUACAAGACCAAUUCUACAAAUAUUUAGAAAAUAUAAUUAUUCGGCUUGGAUUUAAUUUAAUGAAAGAUCAAUUGAGAAUACCUUCAAGAAAAAAUAAAUGCUUUAUCGGAACAAUACCAGAAACUGGACUUGUACAAAAUUUGGAAGAAGUAAUUAAUGAAUUAUUAUUGGCUGCUAAAAUUUUUAAAAAAUCGUUUGCACCUAGACCGGCAAUAGAAAAAGUUAGAAAUUGUUCAAGGCUUCCAUUAGAUGCUAAAAUUGAUCUUGCAAGAAGAGUUGUUGAUUAUUUAUUGAAAACGGAACCGGAAAAUAUCAAUGGUUGGCGUUGCAGUGGACCAGUACAUUUAUCCAAACUAAGUGAAGACGUAUUGACAGAAGAUGACCGAAAAAUGUUAUCAGAACAAGAUAAGGGAAUGCAAACAUUUCUUCGAGGUCAACACCAAACAUUUUUGGUAGAAUGUGGAAAUGUUUCAAUAAGAAAAUGGCCUUUAGUAAAUGCUGACUUUAUGGCUAAAGCUUCGAAUGAUAAAAUAAGGAAAACUGAUUGUUGGUUUUUUAAAUGGCAUCCGGACGGGUAA